AUGAACUGCUACUCGUUCUUUGUGCUUUUCGUCUUCUCGAUUCUCGCAUUUUUGAAUGCGCAACAACUUCAUCGAAAAUGCGGACGAUCGGCGAUGAGACACGUGGCAAAAUUGUGUGCGGAUGGCUGUGAGAUUGGAGGUAAAUUGAGGUCUUAUGAAAUUUUUGGAGAAAAAAAAAUUUGCAGCUAGUGUCAAUCCGAGCGUCUAUUGUUCGGUCGGAUACACCGACGAACAGGUCAGUGAGGCGUGUUGUCCCAACGCCGAAAAGGAACAAUAA